UUUUAUCAAUUUUCAUUGAUGAUGAUUGUAAUUUUCUACAACUGUUAAAAAGGUUCAUUUUGAAUAAAAUUCUUUUAAAUAUCAAAUCGAUUCAUACAAACAAAAAUUUACAUUUAACGGAAAAUGGGACGUGUAUUUUUGAAACACAUUGGUGGCCAACGUUUAUAUGUUUGUGCCAGUUGUGAAACACCAUUAACAAAUCGAAAUCAAUUAUUAAGUACCAGAUUUACUGGGGCCACGGGCCGCGCAUUCCUAUUUAAUAAUGUGGUCAAUCUAAGCUAUAGUGAAGUACAAGAUCGUGUUAUGCUAACCGGACGACAUAUGGUCCGCGAUGUAUCAUGUAAAAAUUGUGAUACAAAACUGGGAUGGAUAUAUGAAUUUGCCACCGAAGAUAAUCAACGAUAUAAAGAGGGUAAAGUUAUACUCGAACGUGCAUUGGUCAAUGAAACUGAUGGCUUUAAUGAGAAUAUACAUCCAGAAUGAAUAAUAUUUAUAUAAUUGAUUUAAUAUUUAAAAUUAUCAUCAUCAUCAUCAUCAUCAUCAUCAUAAU